GCAUCUGUGCACGCGGCCCAACGCAAGGCCUCGCGGUAUAUAACCUUCUCUACUAACUCACACCACACCAGGUCGUCCCGUCACUCCUCGUGCACCCCUCCAUCUCCCUUCACCAAACUUCUAGAGAACGCGAAUUAUGGCCGAAAUCACCGAGCAACCCGAAGAGCAGCAGCAGCAAACGACGACGGGCGAGCAGACCGCGGCGCCCUCGAACCUAUCUGCGGGCGGCGACAUCGGGGAGAAGUUCAACGUGGCGAAGGAGAAGAAGGCGGCGGGAGACGAGGCGUUCAAGAGCAAUGAUCUCGUAGGAGCGUUGAGGUAUUACCACCAAGCUCUCUUGUACCUGAAGGGUCUCGACAAGAACGCGACGCAAAAGGCGCUAGGGCAGCCCGUGCCCCCGCCCCCGCCAAUCGAGGCUGUGAACCAGGCGGCGGAGGAGAAGCAGCGGACGGAGGUGGAGUUCCUCUCGGAGAAGAUCUACUCGAACAUGUCGCAGGUGCACCUGAAGAGGGGGAACUGGCGGCGGGCGAUCGAGACGGCGGACGAGGCGCUGCGGCACAACAAGAAGAACUACAAGGCGCUGUUCCGGAAGGCGCGGGCGCUGAAGGAGCAGGGCUACUUUGAGAAGGCGGAGAAGAUCCUCGAGGAGCUGAUCAAGGACGGGGACCCCAACGACAGGGAGGCGUGCGAGGAGGAGCUCGCGAGCGUGCGCGCGAAGGAUAAGGCGGUCACUGUGAAGCACGACCAGAAGAUGAAGGGAUUCCUGAACAAGGAGAAGAUAGACCUGAGCAAGGAUUGAGACUGUCGCGCCAGUGGUCGUGCUUGUACUAUCGCCGCCUGAUUUGCUUCGUGUUUCCGAUUGCUAUUUUGUUACUGUUGCUCGGAUAUGCUGCUGUAUCACCAGUUCCCUCUGCUCACACCUAUCGCAAUGUACGAAUCCAUUACGCG